UUGCGAUGCGCUGUGGCGCCUUCCCGUUUUCUUGAGGGUUAAACUGCGUAUGUGGCAAAUAUUGGUUAACGACUUAGAGAGGAUAUGUUGCACGGGGAGUCAUAUUUUGGAUGGUCCGAAGUAAGUAGUUUACGUGUGGAAAAUUCUGUUCUUACAGUGUCGUGCAUCAUCGCUGUCUUAGCUGUUGCGACAACCUACAGAACACAUUGCAGUGCUGUAGUAAUUAAAUCAAUAUUCAGGUUAAAUUUUAUGCUCAAUUAUUCUUUAGAAGUUAAGGCACAUUCAAAGUGUUACUGCAAUUUAAAGUUGAAGUCUUUCCCUACAGUUAUUUUCUGUUUCUCAAUGAUCGAUUUAGGCUAUAGGAGACAGCAAAAAAUAAUUCUAAAACCUAAAAGGUUUAGAAGAGGUGAAAUACUGAUGUCUUAGUGAGUUCUACUAAUGUAAACUUCACUUGUGACUCAUGCAUAAUCUAACUAUUGUAGCUGUAGUAGUUAAAACUUAAAAGCAUAGACUCUGUAGAUAUGACAGUAGGUUUUCAGAGCAUGCUGCCUCUGACUUGUAAACAGCUCUUCAAGUCUGACUGGUUGUGAAUCUUUUCGUAUUCAGAGUAGCAGCCUUAAACUUCUGGAUUUUUAAAGCAUUCAUACUGCACUUUUCUCUUUGAAAGUGGCAGAGAAAAGCAGUUGGUGAGGCUCGGGGUCAGUAACAGCUGCAGAACUGGUGCAGGUGGGAACAGGAGUGGCAGGAGGGCGUUCACUGUGUCACAGUUGGGUUUAAAGCUGUCAUGUAACGUUAUGGAAUAAAUAGGGGAGUGAACGUGUUGGGGUGGACCAGUUUUUCAUGGGCCACCAGCAAGUGCUGCUCAGUCUGCAGCAGCUCACAGUCCAUGUGAGUAAUCUCACUGAUGGUGUGUCCAGGGAAAUUACUUGUAUAGCCAGGCUGUGUGCUUGGGGCAGGGGGAGCUGGUUUUCUCCCUUAGGAUAUCAUAAAAUGUAAGUACUCUUUAAGGAUGAUAUUAUUUGAAUUGAUGUAAAGAAAUAGGACAUUGGAGAUGCUUCUGUUAGUACUUUAUUUAUGGGAAGUUUCGCAGUAAUGCAAACGGGAAGCAGCAGGAAACGGAUGGUGAAACUGAGGUUGAGACUGGGAAGUCCUUGUGUGGCUUUUAACUUAAACAUGGUCUGAUCUUGAAUAUGAAAGUAGCAUUUACUGAUUUUGUUUGAAACUCAGCUAAUGGAGUUGGUGUUCUAGUCUUCUAUUUGGUGUAAGUAAAUGGGUAGCAAUAUUUGUGUAAUAUCUUUCAGGUUUCUUGGUAUUUUAUAUUUUUAUAGUAAUGUUUGGAUUCAGCAAAAAACAAGUGCUUUUCAUGAUGUGUUAUAACUGCAAGUAUAAACUACUUUCACACUAAUUAGAAGCCAUGUAGAUACAUAAACGUAAGAUAAUUAGAUUGUUCUUAACAUUUGGAGAUGUGUAAGUAUUGAUCUUGAUGUAGGAAGUUUAGGGAACAAACAACGGUAGUCCUUUUAAAUAUUUUUCCUUCGACUUCGUAUAUUCCUACUUUAAAUGUGCAGAUGCUUUUUAUUUUUCCCUUCACUGUUACUGCCCUUGCUGCACCCAAAUAGUGUGCUCUCAUAAGGCAGAGACAUUGUUUUCUGGAAUAAGUGAUAGAGUUCAAAAGAGGCAUUUUGCUAGUGUGAAAUUUGUAGUACUGAGAAAGUAUUAAUUCCAUUACCUGUCUAAAAUCAGUGUGUAUAAAACAAUGAUGCAGCUUUACUUAGGAGAGAAUGUGAAAACACAAAGCAAAUGUAGAAAGCUGCUCCUGCCCAUUGUACAUGGGUGUCUUUCAUUGUUUUCUUAAUAUUCCAAUGGGAUCAUGAGCAGUGAGCAAGUCCUCUUUACUCCCUUUACAGAGUGAAUAUACGGGGAGAAAUGAAGUGUCCUCAGCAAUUAUCCCCGGUAUGAAAUAGUGUCACUAACAGGAAACGCCAUUUGCCGUUACCUGUGCAGGACACUGAUGCUGGCUUUCUUAUUUGUCUGGAUACACCUACCUCAAACAAAUUUGGGUAAAAUACAUAUUUUUUUCUUGCAUGUUUUAAGGUAAUCUUUAGAAAUACCAUUUGACAGUCUACUGUGAUAUUUUCUAAUUGUAGACAUAGGACAAAUUACAGGUAGGGACCAGGAAACUGCUUCAAGGAGUCUACACAAGGGAGGUUGUUAAGCAACUUUGUGACCUCCACAUCUGUAGGGCAUUUAAAGUUCUGUUCAUUCCCAUUUGAAAGAAAUAGCCUUAGGCACUCAGCCUUAGUGCCCUUCUUCCAGAGAUUAAAAUCUUAAAUGUGAAGGACUAUACCAUUUGUGUUCUUUAAAGUGCAAGACACGCAACAUAAAUUGCCCAGAACUCUGAGAUUUUUCUAGCAUGUGGGAAGAGCAGAAAAACCUGUAUAAAGUUGUUACAGCUUAAUAGUGCAGUGUGUAAAUAUAAAGUGAUGGAAACGUUAAAUAGAAAAUUAUUUUUGCUUGAAUGUUACAGGUGUUUUCAUUAUAUGUAGUAGUCCUCCUAUUUUUGCAAAUCCUUCUGAUUUACAUUUUGGAUCAAUGUAAUUUGAAGUCCCAGAAUAGUUGUUAACAUUCUAAUACAAUUUGGUGAAUAAUUUUUAUUACUGUGAUUUGUGGGUUUUGUAUAUGAGGCUGCUUUUCCUAAUACAAUUUGUACUGUUUCUUUGAAGACUUCUUUUAAAGUCCAAGUGUUAUGUAAUUCAGUGGUGGAAGCUUUAGUAUUGGUUAUAUGCUGUUAAAUUUAUUUUUUCAUUGUAACAGUGUGUGUAAGGGUGUGUGUGAACAGCUUUACUGAGGUUGUCUAAGUGGAGAGGCAAUUCAUUUGAGGUUAAGCCUCUAAAAAGUGAGACAGUUAAGUCCCUAAGUGAGCUGUAGCCUUUUUUUGAGUAUAUUUCUGUGCAAGUGCUAUUUUUGUACCUUUGUGCACCUGCCAGCUGACUUGACCUGUGUGGGCAGUGAGGGCUGAGGGUGUGUUCCCAGCUCCUGCCGCAGUGCUGGGCAUGGAGCAGCAACACUGCCUCUUGCUCCUGGGAACAGCAACAGAUGAUUUGGUGAGUGACCAGCUGAGUCCAGGUGUGUUUGUGUAAACUCCCCACGUUGCCUAAAACUUGUGUUCUGUAUCUGUGAUCUCUUCAAGUAGAUUAUUGUCUUUUGGGAUGGGAAGGGUGUCUUCAGGUAUCUGAGCCAACACUGAGCAGGCUCCCCUUUUAUCUGCAACAGGUAUAUACACAAAGAGUAACUGUUGCUUAAGUGGUGAUGAUGACCCUCAGAGGUAUUUUUAUCUCUUCCUUGUUAGUCUUUCUGCUUGGUCAACAAGGACAAAGAUCUGGGGGAAAAUCAGGAGCUGCUUCACAACCAUUCAGAAAGCAGCAGUUGCUUUUAUCAGCCACCUUAUCUCUUUUAUUUGGGCUUGCUCUGGUAGUUUCUUUUGUAUACAAUGGACAUUGGGCACAGGUGUACACAACUAAACCAUUUGUAGCUGAGGGGAUAUAAUGUGCUAUACCAUUAGCAGUGUGUGUGUGCAGGGAUAUACUGUGUGUUUACCCUUAGCAACUCUCCUCCCAAAUUCCCUAUCACAAAAAGUAAUAGCUUUAGUUUCUGUGUUCUUGGAUAUGACCAAAAAUGUGUUAUUUUCUUAUCUUGGAUCUAAAUGAAGUAUACACUUCUUUGUGGUGUUAAGUUACGUGUCUCUUUUAUUUCAGCAGUGUAGAUUCAAGACUGCUUCAUAGUUCUGCACUUUAGCUGAGGCACCUGCUUUAUGGGUAGUGGUUGAUCACUUUGGAUCCAAAUUGGUGCAAUACCUAGUGUGUGCUUACUGUGGUUCUUUCAUGUGCUCUCUUCCUGCUUUUCUGAAUUACUUGCAGAGCCUUAUAUCAAAAUCUCUCUGAAAUACUAAACGUUUAAUAGAAUUUUAGUGUGCUUUCAUUUGUUUUAGCAGGGUAAUAGCCUUUCUGCUCCAUAGGGAACAUACUGUCUAGAUACCUUAUGUCCAAACUAAUCCUAAAGUACGUGGGGUUUUUUGGCUUUGUAAGACUAUUGCUGUAUGCAUCUUAAGCAUGAGCAGUGUUUUGGGCUGAUUUUUAUUUUUAACCCAUAAAUUGUAUGUGUACUCCGCAUUUGUAUGUUAUCAUCUAAAACCAAGUAAGACAUUGCAUUAAAGGUUGUUUAAAUCAUUUGAUUCUAGCCCUUCAGCUUCACAAAUCAGGUCAAAUUCUAUUUAAGAUACCAAGGGAAUUCAGUCUUUUCAUAAAAGGGAUGAACGUCUUUGACGGAAAUCUAUCUGAGUCAGUUGUCUUCUCAAGGUAAUACGAUAUUCCUUUUAGCAUAGGGCAAAGAUGGGGUUGAGCCUUUUAUCCUCUGUAGCACACAUUAGUUAAGGGAGCAGCUGAAGUUUAUAAAACCUAUAAGAGAGUAGCACCAUUUUAAUGAGGUGCAUACCUAAAAUGAAGCAUGUACCGUUAUUUAUGUACUGUGUGGAAUCUAUUGGAGAUUAAUGCAGGAAGGUUCAGUGGAAGGAGUGCAAUUCUUGGGGCACUUUUAAAAGCCCACUUAAAAAGAACAGUUUGUAAACGUGAGUCUUGUGCAUGGAGGAAUGUGAAAGGGUAUCAGCUGCUAAAUUUGGUGGAACUCUUUAUGGUCACUAUCGUUUGUCAGGGGCUCAGAGAUUAAAAGGGCUGCCACAUGUUUGAUGGCACCUCCCAUUCCAAACCUAUUGUAUGUGUACCCUGCACUGGAGGGCUAUAAAGAGGCAGACAGUGGUUUUCUGGGAAGGUCAGAGGAUAUGAAUUGGUUUUAAUCCCAAAAUAAGCAGUGUUAUAGUUAGAUGGAAGACUUCUAAUGUGAUGUGUAGGUUUUUUUCCAGCUUGUUGUAGGUAAAUAGUCCCUAGUCUGAAUGUUCCCUAGUGCUCAAUGGUGUAAGCACUGGGUGGAGGAGAGAGAGGGGGAUUGCCUCCAGAAGGGUGAUCUCCUGAAGUAACAGAAAGGGGGAUGCUCUGCCUCUGUCCUGGUCUGGACAGCAGCAGCUGUGUAGUCAUGCUGAGGAAGAGGUGGAGGAGGUUGCCCUGUUACUGCUUGCUUCACUUGUGGGUGGGGUUUUAUUAUGUAUAAUUGUUGUCAUGGGAAAUGGGAGAGAGACAGAUUUGCUGUGAAUGUGCCUGAUGCUUUGAGUGUUUCGUCUUCUUCCAUUUUUGAAGAGUGAAGCAAAUAGUGCAGCUGAGUAUUUGCAGCUGUCUAGUCCUUUGAGCAUUUAGGAGUUACCGUGUUUUUUAUGACCUGUUAGUGCUUUGUUAGCUGCAGAAAUGUCCAGCAGCACUGAAUGGGGCUUAGAAAUGGCACAUGGUGUGAUUCUCAGGGUUGUCCUGUGCCAGGCCAGGAGCUGAACUUCGAUGAUCCUUGUGAGUCCCUUCCAGCUCAUGAUAUUCUAUGAUUCUAUGAUAAAGUUUGUCCAAAUAGAUGGACAAAUAUUUUGAUGGCAGCUGCGUGAAGAUCCCUUGUGUAAGGGGACUGAAGAAGGCUUUCUGUCACAGCUAUCGGCACCAGCAACAGAUGAGCCCAGUGCAGGGAUGUGCGUGUACCUGGAAACUGCAAGCAGCUCUCUGGGCUUUUCUUUCUUCAGAAAGCUUCUCUGGAAGGGGAAGCUAUCAGGAAAUUGCUAAAGGGCUUAUUUAGUUCUAGUUGGUUUGUUUUUGCUCCCUGACUGGACACCAGUGCAUGGGAUCAGAGUAGUUAUUCCAUUAUAUAGACCAGGGUACAUUGUGGAGUGUUGCAGCAGCGGGGAAAUGUGGUGAGGCAAGUUGUGUCUUUGUUAGUAUACAGUGGCAUGGAGCCUCAGCCAGCAUUAUGUUGUUUGGAUUCUCAUGUGGGGAGAGAGAGGCAGAUACUUUAUGCACUGGAAGAGGAUGGCAGCAGAAGUAUGUAGCUGCUGGCAUUGAGUACAAGCAAGGAGAGCCAAACAUGUCCUGAAACAAGCCAACUUCACCUGGGCUGCUGGCAGCAGCUGGAUCUUAUGUAGAAAUGUCCCAAGGCUGUUCUUCAUGCCUUUAAUGAAAAAAAUAAAUUGUGCAUGCUGUUUGAUGAUACAGAUUUCUGCAUCAGACUAAAAGUGUUUGUGUUUCUCUGGAUACUCUAUUGUGAGUCAAAAAUCCGGACCACAGGGGUGGGUUUGCUGAUUAUGCGCUGUCUGGAUAGAGCUCUAUUUGAUCAUAUCUGAAACCAAGCUUCCACAGUUCCUUUUCCAGUUUGGAGGCAGUGUAGAAGUGAGGAAGCCAAAGUUACCUAAAAGGGUGAAAAAUCCCUUUUCCAUCAUCCCACCUCUACUUAUCUUUCUCCUCCUUUUCCCCUUAUGUAUACACACUGUGUGACUGCUGGUGGUGGUGGUGCUUGUUGUCUGCUAAAGACAAGUGCAGAGGAGCUGUAUAGGGAUCUCGAGCAUCUGGGCAUUUCUUACUGUGUUUGCAACAGCGAUUUCUUUUCUCCCCUACCUGUUGUAUUUACACUGUGCUAAAAGUAUGCUCAAUGCCUCGCAGAACAAACAGUUUGAGACCUCACUUCUGUGUCAAGGGAAGCUGAGCAGAAGGCAGAGGAGAUGUAUCUGGGUAUAGAGAGAACAUCAUGCAGGUAUGUAGCUCUUACCCCGUGCUAAUCAUACAAAAUUAUGUUGGGGUAUUUUUUUUGUGCAUAGUUUAAUUAGUUUGCUUUAUGAAAGAAAUUUGAGUUAGGCAUUUGGACAAAGCCAGGUUUAAUAAUGAUGAUGAAUGUUUUCAGGAAGAGUACUCCAGGCUUGAAGGGGGAAGUGGAAAACAGCACAGAGGUUUCAGUGUGAAUUCACCAAAAUGUUUAAACAAAUUAUGUUAAAAGUCUUGUGCUGCUGUAAAUACGGACUAGUAAACUCAUGAAAUGGGCAGUUUUACUUAAGAUAAAAAUAUAAGCUGGUUUUUUUAAAUUUAUUUGAAUAUAACAUUAAAAUACCUUUCAUGUGGGAAGACUGGUAUUUUAAGAAUAUUUAAAGCUGUUAAUGGCCAGUCAGCCGCUUUGCUGAACUGCUGACUUCACACAUACCAUUUCCUUUUUCAGGUUUUUACAACCCCACAUCUUCUGACUUUUAAAGCAGGAUGGGGAGGGAGGGAAGGAGGAGAAAAGCUAUUUUCAUUUUUUGCUGGUAGCCAUAGAGCAGCUCUAAACUACACUUUUUAAAAUUACUGUCAAUUUAGUAAAUGUUAAAUCUGCGUGACAAAAAAUGUUUCUGUUGGGUGUUGAUACAAGCUAUGCUGUUUAAUUUGGAGACCUUACUUCUCUGAUAUUCUCAUUUAUGACUUUUAUUUCUUGUUUCAGGAAUUUUUGGGACAAAUCCUUGGUCUAACCCUUGUUAGUGUUGCUUUUCAAAAUAUACAAUGCUUUACUCUGUACUGAAUAACGCACUUAAUGGGGUUUGAGAGUUUAGAGAGAUUUUUGUAGUCUAGAAAUGUAUGACCUACUGUAAUUACAGUUGCUCAUAUUCUUAGGCAGAUCAUAAACUUACCUGGUGAGAGAGCAGAACAUUUACAGGCAAUAUUUUACUGCUGACAGCUUAAAAGUUUGUUUAUGCUAAUCACUUCAUAAAUAGUGAGCAGUACACUGCUGGUGACUUUCAGAGCAUUUUUGCAAGUGCAGAAAAUUUCUUCUUGCUGUUAAAGCAAAUGACAUUACAAAAAUAUAUUUGUAAGGCACUAAGUACCCACUCUCUUCCUUUAAUAACUUAAGAAAUAUUCAAGUUUAGUUGUUGUAAUGAUAUAUAUGACUAGCUAAUAUUUGAUAUUCUGAAAGCUUGUAAAUUUGGCAAAAGUUUAUCUGUCCUAGCUCUAUUUUUAUUAACUAGAAGAGGUUUUCAGAUAUAGCAUUUUAAUAAAAGCUCUGCUGUAUGAAAAUCUGGAAGUUUAAUUUCCUUUCCUUGAAAGAAUCUCACUUUUUUUUUAAUACAAAGAAUGUGAACUAAAAGGGAUUCCAACUUGGAUCAAAUUUCUUGUCAGAACGCUGUCUGAUUUUGUAUUUGUGUGUAUAAAUGAAACAAGACCUGAUCUUUAAUGUUUAGAGAUCAUAUAUAUGCAAUGCUGAAUUGUACUGAAUUACAACUGCAAAGCUUGCAUUACCUUUUGUGAAGUUCUGAUUCGUUUGUGUAAGUUUUUUUUCUAUUAGCCUGUGAGAUCUUACUCUUUUAUAAUGAUGCUGCAGUAUGCUCUAAGAGGUGUGAAGUGAUUAUCUGUAUUACAGAAAUAAGGAAGUAGAUGCUGUUUUAUCUUGAAGCAUACUAAAUGAGUUUACAUGCUGGGUAACUUGCUGGAGAGUAGAAUUUUCAAGUAUUGGAAAUUUGAAAGCAUUGUAUUUUAUUAAAAAGCUCCUUUUAAGUCUUACUCUCUUUAUCUCUUUUCAGCCCCUUAAAGACUUGUAAAAAUAGUAUGAAGUAGAGUUUUAGAUUAAAAGACAACAGAUAAAUAGAUGAUUAAGUUUAAGAAAAGGGUAUUCCAGAUUAAUGACGGAUAACUUUGAAGUAAUACAGUUAAAUCACACUUGUUUGGGAAGCGACUGGUGCCUGUAGGCACUUGUUACCCAUGUGUGGAAGCUGGAGUGGGAACUGUGGUUGCUGGACUCUGUGUCUUUCCAAGGAAAGGCUGCACAAGUCCUUUCCUUGAAGGGCUCUGCAGUGCUGGCAGUAACAAACAGCAGGAAGGAGGUGAAGAGCGAUGGGAGCGUGGCCAGCAGUUGUAACUGAUGUCUCUUGUGUUUCUAAAGGUAACAGCACAUGAGCACUGGCGGUGAAAGCAAGUGUGGGGCUUGCACAUAUGAAGGAGUUGGGGGAGAGUAUUUCUUACCUUACACUGUACCUAAUAUUCUGUCUAUAACUGGUUUUGCUGUUCAAACUAUUUGUAAAUAAUUUUCCCAGCUUGCAUAUGGAAUUUUAUUAUGAAAACAUCUGUAGAAGAAAAAGAGGGGCAAGUAUAACUCCUUGUUCAUAUUAAGUAUGAAAAAUAUCUGCCUUAAUGUCAAGCUAAAAUUAAGAACUUAAUUGAUGCUUCAGAGUGAAUGUUCUAUUAGAUUCCUCCUCUGUACUGUGUACCUGUGUAAAAGAACAGCUUCAGUCCUUAUCCAGCAGAGACUGCCCAUUGACAGCUGUCCAUUCCACAAGUGAGGUCACCAACAGUGAGGACUGAGUUACUGCAUUGGUACCAGUGGUAGGGUCAAAAAAGCUGACAGGCUCUAAAACUGCUGUCUCUUGUCUUACCUCUUGAAAUGAGAUGCAGAGUCAUUGACAGAAAAACUUUAAUCUUUUUGGUAGGGAAUAAACCCACAAUCUCCUGGGUGAUUAGGCUUCUUUUAAAUGUUAUGUUUAUCUCCAAAAUUAUGUGCUAUGUAUUUUUAUGAGCAAGCAUGCUGUCAAGAUAAACUUGCACUCGGAAGCCCUAAAUAUGCAUGAUUUUUUUUCAGGACAUUCAGUUUAUUGAGUGCCUGGCUUACAGUGAAAAGGAUAAUGGAGAUGCAUGGCAGGCAAAACAGAGCAAGUUUGACGUUUUCUGUAGAAUACUAGCUUCUUUGAAAUGUAGCAAUACAUAUCCUUUGGGUAAUUCUUUCAAAAUUAAAAGAGCGAAGUUAGGCAGGAAAAAUGUUUUCUAUCCUGUUUUCUGACUCCUAGUAUUAUGUACUAGCAGCGCAGAGAGUGAAGGCUUAGGCUUGUCUGCUAAUAUAUGGCUUUCUGACAAAGGACUUGCACAGUGGGAGGUGGCUAAUAGAAGUGAUUUGGGGAUUAACAAUAAAAACUUCAGUAAGGAAUUAAAGGCAGAUGAAUGCUUUCCACCUGAUUUUUAAAAAAGUAACUGAUGUAAGGGAUGUUAACCAGAGAAAGACUAAAACUUGGUUUACAGGAUGAAUUGAGAUGUGAUGUAAAUAAUACACUUCGUGAGUGUGGAGGUCCUUUAAAUGCUCUUUGGAUUGAAGACAUUUUGAUAAUAAAUCGAGUAUUACCUUCGGUUCAUGGAUUGUUUUCCAUUUGCUUUUUCAGUUUCCAUAGUUUACAGCAAACGGGUUCUCACUGGAUUCUGUGAGUCAGACAGUCCCUGAAUGUUUUGGCCGUUUUCUGUCCUUGACUGUCCUCUGUGCUUAGCUUGGGCUUUGUAACUUUGGUUCUCAUUCUGCUCCUUUGUAUACUUGCAAGCCAUUGCGCUGCACCCUUGUCAUUGCGUUUCUUUGUUUGCUCAUAUCUUCCUGACCUUGUUUAGUUUUUCCUUUAAUUUCUAGAAGCUGGUAGAUUAAUUUCUUAACCCCAUCUUUCUCACUCAACUUGCUUGUACAAGAAUGCCUUGAGCGCUGUCCUUGCUGUGUCACUUUGCCAAAAUGUCCCCUGGAGGUGUUUCCCCUGUAUUUGCUGGUGGUUUUCUUCUCUUCUGUGGUGGGUGUGCUGUGAGUUGAUCCAGGCUGGUGAUGGUGAGAGCGACGUAAGAGGACUUUGUCUUGGUUAGCAAAGGACAUAACUGCCUUGCUUACGGUUUACCACUUAAUUCUGUGAGGUGAUGGAAAGUUGUUCCUUGGUCUGCCCCUGCAAAAGAAGUUAGACUUUGUUUCAGGCUGACCCUGCUCUGUUUUGGAGGUAACGGGUUUUCAUUUUGCAGUAGUUCAGCAGCACAUGGUGGUUGUUAGAUAGAAGCUCAGAAAUACCGUUCUGGGAUGUUUUCUGUGACAAUCUGUGCGCUAAUUUAAUAGCAGCUCUAAAUUGAAUACUUAGGUGUAACUGAGUUUUAAGUAGCACCUCUUCAAAACAGCAAUAUAUUGUGUUCCUGCAGUUGAGUUUGCCUCAUUUCAAACAGCACUUUCAGAACUUUCAGUUGUCUUAUAUUUUUAACAGGCUGGUGGGCAUGCUGUAAAACAACCUAUCUGGUACAACACAAGCUAAUGAAAAGCUGGAAUCCUUUUUAUGUCCUGACAGACGCUCCGGUUGUGCUAAACUUGAUGACUAUCACUGCAGGGUUGGAAUCUUUAUUACUGCACCAAGUGCAAUCUGGAAACUGUUGUGCUGAAAGGAAGAAUUAACUGGUCUUUCAACUUCAGCCUUUUUAUUGUGAGAGGGAGAUCACAGAAGUGUUACCAUGGGGAGAACAACAGUUAAAGAUUCAAAGAAUAUUAAAAAAGAGAAAGAUGGAAAGAAUCAGCAGGCAAACAACCCGUCUUUAAAAAGUGAGCAGUUUAAUUGGGAUGACUAUCUGAAAGAGACUGAAUCAAUAGCUGCCCCUCUACAUUGUUUCAGACAGUCUAGAAUUCCACCUACGAACGAUUUCAAAGUUGGUAUGAAGCUGGAAGCCCGUGAUCCUCGCAAUGUUACCUCAGUUUGUAUAGCUACAGUCAUUGGAAUCACUGGUGCCAGGCUAAGGUUGCGGCUGGAUGGAAGUGACAACAAAAAUGAUUUUUGGAGGCUUGUGGAUUCCUCAGACAUACAGCCCAUCGGGACCUGUGAAAAGAAAGGGGGCAUGCUUCAGCCUCCACUGGGGUUCCAGAUGAAUGCAUCAUCUUGGCCAACAUUUCUCUUAAGAACUCUCAAUGGAGCCGAAAUGGCACCUGCAGCAUUCUUUAAGAAGGAACCACCAAAACCUGUGCCAAACUGCUUUAAAGUUGGAAUGAAACUUGAAGCUAUAGACAGAAAGAACCCAUACUUGAUUUGCCCAGCAACCAUUGGAGAUGUUAAAGGAGAUGAAGUUUUUGUUACAUUUGAUGGCUGGAGAGGAGCAUUUGACUAUUGGUGCAGAUGUGAUUCUCGAGAUAUUUUCCCAGUCGGAUGGUGUAGCUUGACAGGAGAUGCAUUACAACCACCAGGGAAUGAUGUUUCCAUUACAAAGAGCAGUGCAAAAAUCCAAUCUUCCCCUUCCAAAGUGACCCGGCGUUCAAUGCAGUCUCCACAGAAAUCUGCUCCAGUACCAGCACAGCGAGGCAGGAAACCAGGCCGGGGCAAACCCCCUGGACAGUCUGCAGUUCCUAAGAAGGGCCGGUCUCCUAAAAAUAUUCCCCUGACAAAAAGCACCUCUCAUACUGAAAAUCUUAAAACAAGGAAAAAAAGUUUAAAACCUGGAAAAAAGAAAAAAAUCUUGCCAGAACAACCAACUCCUGCAUCUCCUUCUCCUCAAUCAUCUCCUGAGGAGAACAAUGGCACUACACAGAUAUAUAAAGAUGGAAUUAGUUUGUCUGGUGCGACUGCAGCAGUUAUAUCCACAGUGUGUGUUUAUGUCAACAAACAUGGAAAUUCUGGGCCUCACCUGGAUAAGAAGAAGGUUCAGCAGCUUCCAGACCACUUUGGACCAGGUCCUGUCAAUGUGGUGCUUCAGCAGGCUGUACAGGCUUGUGUGGAUUGUGCCUAUCAAGCCAAAACAGUCUUUGGAUUUCUGAAAUCUGGCCAUCAUGGAGGGGAAAUGAUAACUGCUUCAUUUGAUGGGGAAAAGCAUGCCAUCAAUCUUCCUUCUGUAAACAGUGCAUCAUUUGUCCUGCGCUUCUUGGAGAAGCUCUGCCACAGCCUGCAGUGUGAUAAUCUCUUCAGUAGCCAGCCUUUCAGCCCUUACAUGGGAUGUGCACAUAGUCCUAUGGAGUAUGAUAGGAACAAGCCAGCCAAAGAAGAAAUACCUGAAAACAGGAGUGCUAAGCGAUACUCUAAGGACUCUCCACCAUAUACUGCUCCUCUUUCCCCUAAGCUUCCCAGAAACGAUGCUCAUCCAUCUGAAGCAGAAACUUUGCCUAUAGAGGAAAACAGCAUUUCCAAAGAACACCGAUUUUCUGAGGACUCAAUGGAUUCUGCACUUAAUUCUGUGAAUCCGUCAAGCCCAACCUGCCGAAAUUCCACGGAGUACCGUACAGGAAGUGCUACAUAUUACAGAAAUUCCCAUCAACCAGCAACUGCUACCUCAAAUUCAGCCCCAAUCCUGCGAAGUCUGUCCUUGAGCUCUGCUGGGAGCAGCAGUUACUGUGAAGUCAGUAGGAAUCGAAUACAGAGGCGGAUUGAAGCUGCAAGUUCCACAACCGGACCGGAUUUGAAUUCACUAAAAAGGGAACCUUCAAGAAUAUUGAAUAAGGAUCCUUCCACCUGGUCAAUAGAGGAAGUAGUGCGCUUUGUGAAAGAAGCUGAUCCACAGGCACUGGCUCCACAUGCAGAACUCUUUAGGAGACAUGAAAUUGAUGGGAAGGCACUGCUCUUACUCAGGAGUGAUAUGAUAGUGAAAUAUAUGGGACUGAAGCUGGGGCCUGCCCUAAAGCUGUGCUACCACAUUGAACGACUUAAACAAGGAAAGUACUAGACAGUGGGGGUACCACAAAUGUGUGUGUUUGUGUCACACUAAGCUCUCAGGUUCACAGCCAUCGCCUUUGUUUGAAACUGUUUUGCUGAUAUAAAUAGUCUUUAUUUUUUGAAAGUGCUCUGAAAAUGUAAAAAAGACAUUUGGGAUAAAAGGAGGGGGAGGGAUCUGUGUUAUAUUCUGGUGUUUUUGUGAACUGUUUCAGAACAUUGGCAGGGAAGGACAGUUGAUCAUACUGGGUGUGGGCAGGUCGGGUAACAGCACUCUCCGAAUCCUGAGAAGUGUGUUCUGUGUUACAGGCUUCAGCCAAUGUGUUCAUAUUCAGAACCAAAACAGCUGAAUCCCAAAGGGAAAUAAUAAAAUAAACCAGGUUCAGGUGUUUAAAGUUUUUACAGUGGUGGCUGUAAACUUUUGUAUUGCAAGAAAAACUUAAAAUAGAAGAUCUCAUCUCUGUAGUGAAUACUCUGUCUGGUCUUCCAGAAGAGAGAAAGGAUUAUGGAAGAGAGGGCUUAAUACAAAUAUAAGCUUUUAUAGAGUGUGAUUAUCAGUCCUUCAGUAAGUUAAAAGGACAAAUAUAUGGUAUAUUGUCAAUUUAUGCAGGCAAUAAAAUAAAUAUUUCUGUUUCAUGGAACAGCAUAUUGGCUGUAUAAACAGCCAUUUCUGGGACAAACUGAUUUCACUGGAACAACACAUCCACAUCUUAAACAUUCCAUAUUUUUGCUCAGUUUGGCACGGAUAUGUGUGUUCAUGCUUUUUAUAUGUACAUGUGUAUGUGUCAGGGAAAUACGUACUAUAUAUGUAUAAAAAUACAUACACAGUGUACAUAUAUAUUCAGUUUUUUAAUGUGUACUUUGCACUGUGCUGGAGAGAACUGUACAAUUUUUUGUUGGUUUUGUUUUGGUGUUUUUUUUUUACCAGUAAAUGUAGCUGUGUAUUACUUUCAUUAGCACCUGUUUAAUUUGUUCUUGGAGUCAGAAGGUGACAAACAAUCAAAAGGUGUCUUUAUUCAUACAGGCGAGAUCCCUGUACUAUGCAAUACUCUUGAAUAUUCAUCCCUUAAAUCUGAGCCAUAUAUUCUGAUAUAUUUUUGGAAAGACACAUUUGAUUACUAUGUUUUGGCUUUAUAUUUCCUGUUAGGAAGUGCUACUAUGUAACUGAUAAACCUUUUUUUGGGGGGUAAAAUUGGUGCUGUUUGUUUAAGCUGCAAGAAUGAGUGGUGACAAUAAAACAGUUUGUCACUGCAAUUGUAAUAUACAUCAGGGAGAUGAAAAUAUACUUUCUGUGUAGGAAACUGAAUGUAAUAGUGAAACCAUAUAUAAUAGUGAAGUGAUAACUGUUUGUUAGGGAAGGUGUAGUCCUAAAAUGCUAGGGUUUGUUAUAUUUCUUAAUGCCUUUUUAUAUGAAAGCAUAUAGUAUAAAUGUAUUUUUUACAAAUUCCUUUUUUGAAAAUGCCUUGCUUUACUAGUAGUCUGAUACUCAUCAGGUUUCAACAGAGAUACUGCUGCAAUACAGUGAAUUUGGUGACUCACAUGUCCAAGUACUUUGUUAGUUUAAGUGUCUGCAAUGCAAUUUUAAUUCAGCAAGUUCAUUUGGACUUUGAGAGUUGUUUUUGUUAUUACAUCAUUAGACAUUUGACACUAAAGUUUAUCUAUAUCGAUUUGUUUUGCAUAUCUUUUGUGGCGCAUGUGUGCUCAGAUGAAUAAUACAGGCAUGCUCUUUAUAGUGAGAAAAGGUCAGAGCAUUGAUUGAAGAAACAGAAUAUUUUCUCUUUGUGUUAGAAAAAUACUGACUUCCGUAUGGAUACUCCAACAAUUAUGUAUUAAGGAAAACAUCAUGCCCCACAUGUUCAGUAUAUUGUUUAUACAUAUAUAUAAUUGUAUACUACUUCUUCCACACUUCAUUAUGCUGAAUUUGUGUUCUUCAGCAUAAAAAGAUCUCAUAUAAUUUAGGUGGAAGUAAUUGACUGAAAACAGUUUUCAUUUUUUACGUUGCCCUUGGCAUAAAAGAAAACAAAGACGUUUAAAUUUUCUGUUUGGCCUUUAUGGAAUAACAUUUUUGUACAUGGCACUAUUAUGGGUAUAAAUAUUUGUUCAAGGUCUUGUGUGCACCCAUGUGCACAGGGAAUACUGUGAUGUUGCUGUACCAGAAUUUCUCUGUGUGCUAUAGCAUGAGAUUCAAGCGUUCAGAGUGUUACAGCCAAAUAUAUUUUUUAUUCUUUA